AUGUCAGCUGCUGAGACUAACCAACUUCAAGAGUCCUUGGAGAAAUUGAACAUCGACUCUUCAUCUUCAAAACCAGGUGUCGAAUCUGAGGGUGUUUCUGUUGAACCUUCUUCUGAAGAACAAGGUGAAUUGGGUAAUGUUGCUGAAAACUCAGCUUCAUUAUACGUUGGAGAGUUGAACCCAUCAGUCAAUGAGGCAACACUUUUCGAACUUUUUUCACCUAUUGGUCAAGUUUCUUCUAUUAGAGUUUGUCGUGAUGCUGUUUCUAAGAAAUCUUUGGGUUAUGCUUAUGUCAACUACCACAAAUUCGAAGAUGGUGAGAAGGCUAUUGAUGAAUUGAACUACAGUCUUAUUGAGGGCAGACCAUGUCGUAUCAUGUGGUCCCAAAGAGACCCAUCAGCAAGAAGGUCUGGAGAUGGAAACAUUUUCAUCAAGAACUUGCACCCAGCUAUCGAUAACAAGGCCUUGCACGAUACUUUCUCAGCCUUUGGUAGAAUCUUGUCAUGUAAAGUUGCCACUGAUGAUUUGGGACAAUCCAAGUGUUUUGGUUUCGUUCAUUACGAAACUGCCGAGGCCGCUGAAGCUGCCAUCGAAAAUGUCAAUGGUAUGUUGUUGAAUGACCGUGAAGUUUACGUUGGUAAGCACGUCUCAAAGAAGGACCGUGAAUCCAAGUUUGAAGAGAUGAAAGCUAAUUAUACAAACAUUUACGUCAAGAACAUUGAUUUGGGCUUUUCUGAAAAAGAAUUUGAAGACUUGUUUGCUCCAUUUGGAAAGAUUACUUCCAUUUACUUGGAAAAGGAUCAAGAUGGAAAAUCGAAAGGCUUUGGUUUUGUCAACUACGAAGACCACAAAUCCGCUGUUGAAGCUGUUGAAGCUUUGAACGAUAAGGAGAUCAAUGGCCAAAAAAUCUAUGUUGGAAGAGCUCAAAAGAAGAGGGAAAGAACUGAAGAAUUGAAGAAGCAAUACGAAGCUAUUAGAUUGGAAAAAUUGUCUAAAUACCAAGGAGUCAACUUGUUCAUCAAGAACUUGGAUGAUCAAAUUGAUUCAGAACAAUUGGAGGAAGAAUUUAAACCAUUCGGAACCAUCACUUCAGCCAAGGUUAUGGUUGACGAUGCAGGUAAGUCCAAAGGUUUUGGUUUUGUUUGCUUUAGCACUCCAGAAGAAGCUACAAAGGCAAUCACCGAGAUGAACCAAAGAAUGGUUAAUGGUAAGCCAUUGUACGUUGCUUUGGCUCAACGUAAGGAUGUUAGACGUUCUCAAUUGGAACAGCAAAUCCAAGCAAGAAACCAAAUGAGAAUGCAAAACGCUGCCGCUGCUGGUGGAUUCCCAGGCCAAUUUAUGCCACCAAUGUACUACGGACAACAAGGAUUCUUCCCACCAGGUGGCAGAGGUAAUGCUCCAUUCCCAGGACCAAACCCUCAAAUGAUGAUGAGAAGAGGUCAACCAGGCCAACCAUUCCCUGAGCAAUGGCCAAGACCCGGACCAAAUGGGCAACCAGUCCCAGUUUACGGACUUCCACCUCAAUUCCAAAACCAAGGAGCUCAACAGCAACAGCAACAACAACAACAACAACAACAGCCACAACCCUUCCCAGGGCAAGCUGGUGUUAAAGUUCCAGCUAAGGAUUUAGCUGCCAUCAUCUCCAGUGUUCCACCAGAGCAACAAAAGAGAAUCUUGGGAGAAGAAUUGUACCCAAGAAUUGUUGCUACUGGAAAGGCACAAGAGCCUGAAGCUGCAGGAAAGAUUACUGGUAUGAUGUUGGGUUUGGAGAACCAAGAAAUCUUGGACUUGUUGGACGAUGACGAGUUGUUCAACAACCACUUUGAAGACGCUUUGACUGCUUACGAAGAGUACAAGAAGUCAGAGGCUGGUGCCGGUGGUAAUGAAGAAGCUUAA